AUGGUUGAUAAUGAACAAAAUCUUCCACCUUCAUCAGAUGAUAUUGAUAAUCAAUCUGAAAACAAUGAUAUAAGACCAAUUAUGAUUUCAAUGGCGACUGAAGGUGAAAUUCAACGAAAAAGACAUAAUACAAAUUUAUUAGAUAAUAAUGAAGAAGAAAAUUCGGAUAAAUCUAAUCCUGAAAGUCAUAUUUAUAGUAAUAAACAACAUUCAAAAAGAAGCAAGUUGAAAAAUCCAUCUUUAAUCAACGAUGAGCGUGUACAAAUCAUUGCUCAAAAAAUUCUUUCUUUUAAACAUAUUGCCUUUACACUAUGUCAAAUUGGUUCAUUUAGCUCAAAAUGGAAGCAUGAAAGAGAAAAAGCUAUUAAUCAAUUAUGUGGUGCAAAAUUGUUAAAAAGACUUCAAAAAAGUGUUAAAACACCAACUAGUCGUCCAUUUGAUUAUCACAUUAAAAUACCUCCACUCGAUUUUUCCAAUAUUACGGAAGUUGAUCAAAUUAAUGAACGUCUCAACAAGUUUAAACUCAAUAUCCAUCAAAUUCGACCAACGUAUUCGACAAUCGACAUUGGUCAACUCAUCGCUCUUCCACCAUUAACAAAUUAUCUUCGUGCACAUCCUCAUAUAAUCCAACAUUGUCCUGUAAAAACAUCAAAUGAUAAACCAAGUGUUGGUUUACUUAUAACCCUUGUGUGUUGCUCGACCUAUUGGCGUUGUUCAAUUUUAUUUACAAAAUCCAUGUUGGUCUUAUUAUUAUCAUCUAUUGAGUAG